AUGAGAGGAGGGAAGUUAGGGUUUGUGAUUUGCGUUUGGUUUUGGUCUUUGUUUUUGUGUGGAUGUUGUUUGGGUAGAUUUGUGGUGGAGAAGAGCAGCUUGAAGGUGAUUUCACCUGAGAAUAUAAAAGAUACAUAUGAAUGUGCUCUUGGGAACUUUGGUGUUCCUCUUUAUGGUGGAACAUUAACUGGUUUGAUUGUUUAUUCACAAAUGAAUCAAAAUGCUUGCAGCAGUAACUUCACUCAUGAUUUCUCUUUCAAGAACAAGACUCAUGGCAGCCUUCCGGUUUUUCUCCUUGCAGAUCGCGGUGGUUGUUUCUUUACAGAAAAGGCAUGGAAUGCACAAAACGCCGGUGCCGCCGCUAUUCUGGUGGCCGAUGACCGACCUGAGCAAUUGAUCACCAUGGAUUUGCCCCAAGAAGGAGGUGCACGUUUCGACUACAUCCAAAACAUAACAAUCCCUUCGGCACUCAUUACCUUUUCACUUGAAGAUGCAAUAAAGAAAGCCUUAAGCAACAAUGAUCUCGUUCGUGUAAAUCUUGAUUGGACCGAAGCCCUCCCUCAUCCUGAUGAGCGAGUUGAGUACGAGUUUUGGACGAAUAGCAAUGAUGAAUGUGGGCCCAAGUGUGAUACCCAAAUAGAUUUUGUCAAAAACUUUAAAGGUGUCGCUCAAAUUCUUGAGAGAAAAGGGUACACUCGGUUUACACCGCAUUACAUCACUUGGUAUUGCCCAGAGGAAUAUAUUUCGAGCACAAAAUGCAGGUCUCAGUGUAUCAACUAUGGAAGAUAUUGUGCUCCGGAUCCGGAACAAGAUUUUAGUAAAGGAUAUGAAGGGAGGGAUGUAGUUCUUCAAAAUUUACGACAUGCUUGUCUCUAUAAAGUGGCGAAUGAAAGUGGAAACCCGUGGAUUUGGUGGGAUUAUGUAACAGAGUUUGCUACUCAUUGCUCAAUGAAAAACAACAAGUAUAACAAAGAUUGUACGGAGGAAGUUAUCAAGUCACUUGGAGUUGAUAUCAAGAAGAUAGAUGAAUGUGUGGGUGAUCCAGAAUCAGAUGCCGAAAACGCAGUCCUUAAAACCGAGCAAGAAGCACAGAUAGGGAAAGGUGUCCGUGGGGAUGUGACGAUACUACCAACUCUCAUAAUAAAUAACAGGCAAUAUAGGGGUAAGCUUGAUAAAAGGGCAGUUUUGAAAGCCAUAUGUUCAGGAUUUGAGGAGACCACAGAGCCAGCUCUUUGUUUAAGCGAAAAAAUAGAAAGAAACGAGUGUCUAGAAAACAACGGUGGUUGUUGGAUGGAUAAAGUUGCUAAUAUUACGGCAUGCAAGGAUACCUUCCGCGGGAGAGUGUGUGAAUGUCCAAUUGUGGAGGGUGUGAAAUUUAUUGGCGAUGGUUAUAAACACUGCGAAGCUUCAGCUGCCCUAAAUUGUGGAGUUAACAAUGGAGGCUGUUGGAAAAGCAGCAAAGAGGACAAGACCUAUUCUGCUUGUAUUGACGGACAUACGGAAGGUUGUCGGUGUCCACCGGGAUUCAUAGGAGACGGAGUUCAUAGUUGCGAAGAUAUCGAUGAAUGCAAAGAGAACAUGAUAUGCAACUGUCGUGAGUGCAAAUGCAAGAAUACAUGGGGAAGUUACGAGUGUAGCUGCACGGCUAAUUUGCUCUAUUUUAAAGAACACGACACUUGUCUAAGUGAGUAUUCAACUUUCCAUCUCAAACUCUACUCCGUAAAAAUGAUAAUACGAGUGCUGGUUGGGGUUUCGGUUGGGGGAUAUACGCUCUACAAGUACAGGGUUCGGAGAUACAUGGAUUCGGAGAUCCGGGCCAUCAUGGCGCAAUACAUGCCCUUGGAUGGUGAAGGAGAAGUUUCGGUUCACGGAUCUCUUAGAGACAUCUAA